GCCGCUCCCUCCUCGGCCGCCUCCUUCAACCUUGGUCCCCGCCGCCGGCCCAGGCCCGGCCCAGGCCCAGGCCCCCCGAGCGCGGCGGCUGCAGCACCCGGCUCCGCUCGCCAUGACCUUACUGACCGCCGGCCGCCGGGCGGCCGCGCGCCUGCUGGGCGCCAAGAAUGCACCAUGUAUAUUCUUCGCUGCCCGACAUGCCAGCUCUACUUCCACGAACCUGAAAGACGUCCUUGCCAACUUGAUUCCCAAGGAGCAGUCGAGAAUCAAGAGCUUCAGGCAGCAGUAUGGGAACACGGUCAUCGGACAAAUCACUGUGGAGAUGGUAUAUGGCGGGAUGAGAGGCAUGAAGGGGUUAAUAUACGAGACCUCUGUCCUGGACCCCGAUGAGGGCAUCCGCUUCCGCGGGUACAGCAUCCCCGAGUGCCAGAAGCUGCUGCCCAAAGCCCCGGGAGGGGAGGAGCCCCUGCCCGAGGGCCUCUUCUGGCUGCUGCUGACCAGAGAUAUCCCCACUCAGGAACAGGUGAACUGGGUCUCCCAAGAGUGGGCCAAGAGGGCGGCUCUGCCCUCCCAUGUGGUGACCAUGCUGGACAACUUCCCCACCAACCUGCACCCCAUGUCCCAGCUCAGCGCCGCCAUCACCGCCCUCAACAGCGAGAGCAGCUUCGCCCGGGCCUACUCCGAGGGCAUCAGCCGGGCCAAGUACUGGGAGUUCAUCUAUGAGGACUCCAUGGACCUGAUCGCCAAGCUGCCUUGCAUUGCCGCCAAGAUCUACCGCAACCUGUACCGCGAGGGCAGCAGCAUCGGGGCCAUCGACCCGGGCCUGGACUGGUCCCAUAACUUCAGCAACAUGCUGGGCUACAGCGACCCCCAGUUCAUCGAGCUCAUGCGGCUCUACCUCACCAUCCACAGUGAUCACGAGGGCGGGAACGUCAGCGCCCACACCAGCCACCUGGUGGGCAGCGCCCUCUCGGACCCGUACCUCGCCUUCGCUGCAGCCAUGAACGGCCUGGCCGGGCCGCUGCACGGCCUCGCCAAUCAGGAGGUGCUGGUGUGGCUGACGAACCUGCAGAAGGAGCUGGGCCAGGACGUGCCUGACGAGAAGCUGCGAGAUUUCAUCUGGAAUACGCUGAACUCCGGCCGGGUGGUCCCUGGCUACGGCCAUGCCGUGCUGCGGAAGACGGACCCGCGCUACACCUGCCAGAGGGAGUUCGCCCUCAAGCACCUCCCCAAGGACCCCAUGUUCAAACUGGUGGCGCAGCUGUACAAGAUCGUCCCUAACGUGCUCCUGGAGCAGGGCAAGGCCAAGAACCCCUGGCCCAACGUGGACGCGCACAGCGGGGUGCUGCUGCAGUAUUACGGCAUGAAGGAGAUGAAUUACUACACCGCGCUGUUCGGCGUCUCGCGGGCCCUGGGCGUCCUGGCCCAGCUCAUCUGGAGCCGGGCGCUCGGCUUCCCGCUGGAGAGACCCAAGUCCAUGAGCACGGACGGCCUCAUGCAGCUCGUGGGCUUCAAAUCGGGGUAAAGGAAGGGAUUGGGGGGGGGGGGGCGCUUGCCAGCUGUCCGGGAGCCGUUUAAAGAGACAGUACGUUUUUUCCCUUCCAAGGGCCUCGGCCAGCCGCUAAAUUAAACCUUUCUCUGAGGCACUGA